AUAGAUGGUCGGGGAAGUUCUACAAACACUCAGCCUAAUCAGUACUCCCGUGGUCGUGAGAAGAGUAGGAGGUAAAGAUGUCGGAGCGAAAAGUUUUAAACAAAUACUACCCACCCGACUUCGACCCUUCAAAGAUCCCCAAGCUCAAGCUGCCCAAGGACCGGCAGUACGUGGUGCGGCUGAUGGCCCCCUUCAACAUGAGGUGUAAGACAUGUGGAGAAUAUAUCUACAAGGGCAAGAAGUUCAACGCCCGCAAAGAGACAGUGCAGAACGAGUCCUACCUGGGCCUGCCCAUCUUCCGCUUCUACAUCAAGUGCACGCGCUGCCUGGCAGAGAUCACCUUCAAGACAGACCCCGAAAACACAGACUACACCAUGGAGCAUGGAGCCACACGGAACUUCCAGGCUGAGAAGCUCCUGGAGGAGGAGGAGAAGAGGGUGCAGAAGGAACGGGAGGACGAGGAGCUGAACAACCCCAUGAAGGUGCUGGAGAACAGAACCAAGGACUCCAAGCUGGAGAUGGAGGUUCUGGAGAACCUGCAGGAGCUCAAGGACCUGAACCAGCGGCAGGCCCACGUAGACUUCGAGGCGAUGCUGCGGCAGCACCGCCUGUCGGAGGAGGAGCGGCAGGAGCGGGAGCAGGAGGAGGACGAGCGGGAGGCGGCGGCCUUAGUGGAAGAAUCUAGGAAACGAAGACUCCUGGAAGACUCCGAUUCAGAGGAGGAUGCUGCUCCCACCCAGCCCCAGCAGGCCCUCCUGCCCAACCCCACCGCCAUCCUGGACGAGGCCCCAAAAGCCAAGAGGAAGGCGGAGCGCUGGGAGCGCAGUGUGGGCACCUUUGGCAGCAGUCCCCAGCUGUCUGGCCUGGUUGUGGUGAAGAAAACAGACCUGGGCCGCAGCAUCCAGCGAGGAGGAGUCCUGCCCGCCCCAGGUGCAAUGAAGAACGGGCAGGUGGCUGGCCCUGCGCCCCAGACGCCGGGCACCUCCUCCCUGAGCCAGCUGGGUGUGUAUUCCGACAGCGAGGACAGCAGUGGCAGCAACUGAGCCCUGCCCCCAGGCCCUUCCCCAGGUCAAGAUCCCACAGCCAGCUCCAGCCCAUGGUCGGGGCAGGAGGCCCUGGGACCAACCAGAGUCACCACCGGACAAGCACAGAUGACCUCCAAGGCCGGCGGGGUCAGCAAGGGCUUCAGCUGAGGGACUCAGUUUCUCUCCCGUCCCCGCACCUUACCCCCUCCGGAGCUCGGGGUCCCCAGCUCACAUGGCGACAUCCCCGGAGCAGCUUCUGGCAGGCCUUCGAGGUCGUCGCAGCUGACAUCCUGAGAUGCUUUGGGCACGUGGGUGAGCCCACCCACCAGUGGUUGGCUCCAUCCCUUCCCGCCACAGAACCAUCUGAAACCCAUGAAGGGAACCUGCUGAUCUGGCCUGGGGGUGCCUUCUCUCUGCCCGCAUCUGAGGAGGGCGCUGCAGAAGCACGCAACCUAGCCAGUCCUGGACUCUUGACUCUCAGAAACUUCGAGAUAAUAAAUGUUCAUUGUUUCAUAC